UACGUGCACAUUCGUCCUCUCACGUGACAUACCCUUCUCUCUCUACCCUAAUAUUUUCUCUCACUUCUAUUCUCAUUUCUCUUUUCUCUCACAGUGAAGUAUAUGGGAAGCCGAAACAAAGUUCUUCUCCGGAACCCUAACCGUCGAUAACCUCAACGGGGAAUCGCUCUCAUCUCCGGCGAGCCAUCUCUGAGCUUACAACAACAUGGACGUCGAUCAGUCUGAUUCUCAGAAGGCUCAGACUCUCCAAUCCCUAACCACUGGUUCUCUUGGUUCGUCUCUCUCCAAGCUCGCCGCCUCUUCUCGGGCCAUUCCGGCCGAAAAAGACUUUCACUUUUAUUACAACUUUGACGAAUUCAAAAUCCCAAUACGUACCAUCGAGCGCCAAUCUCAAUCGAUGCUUGAAACCAUUGGCUCUUCCGCCGAAGUUUGGGAUAGGGAAAUGGCGUACCCUGAGGAUACCGACGACGCGUAUGAUUGGUUGGUUAAUGUUAAUGAUGAGAUUUUUGAACGGUUCGAUGUGUCGCUGGAUGAGUUUCAGAAGAUUCGGAAGGAGGAGGAGCAGGAGGAGAGUGGGAGGGCAGUGGCUUUGACGGCAGACCCUGAUGAUGGGUUUCAGUUAGUGUGUGGGAAGAAGAAGAAAACUCCGACUCAUGAAGAUGAGAUGCAUGAUUCGAGUUUUGAGUCGAGUGUGAAGGUUGCUACCAAGGAUAGGAAAACUUUAGGGGUGAAGCCGAAAGUGCCAUUUCAUAUACCAACUAUCCGUAGACCACAGGACGAGUUUAAUAUUUUGGUUAAUAAUUCUAAUCAGCCUUUCGAGCAUGUCUGGUUGCAGAGGAGUGAAGAUGGCACCCGGUUUGUACAUCCACUGGAGAAGUUCUCUGUAUUGGACUUUGUUGAUAAGAUUAGUGAAGAUUUUCAACCUAUCUAUCCACCAUCUUUGGAUUGUACUCCUUUCAAAUUCAUAGAGGAAGUCAAUGAUUUGAAGGAACUGGCAGCUAAACUGCGAGGGGUGAACGAAUUUGCGGUUGAUUUGGAACAUAAUCAGUAUCGAUCUUUUCAAGGACUUACCUGUCUGAUGCAAAUUUCUACAAGAACUGAGGAUUAUGUUGUAGAUACAUUGAAGCUUAGAAUUCAUGUAGGGCCCUAUCUGAGAGAGGUUUUCAAGGAUCCUUCAAAGAAAAAGGUGCUGCAUGGAGCAGAUCGAGACGUCGUAUGGCUUCAACGAGAUUUUGGGAUUUAUAUUUGCAACUUAUUUGACACUGGACAGGCCUCGAGAGUAUUAAAACUGGAAAGAAAUAGCCUGGAGUAUCUCCUUCAUCACUUUUGUGGUGUUGCAGCAAAUAAAGAGUACCAAAAUGCAGACUGGAGAUUAAGACCUCUCCCUGAGGAGAUGGUGAGAUAUGCAAGGGAAGAUACACAUUAUUUGUUAUAUAUUUACGAUUUGAUGAGGAUGAAACUGUCCUCAAUGCCUCAUGAAGCUGAAGAAUCUGAUCCUCCUCUGGUAGAGGUUUACAAGCGAAGUCAUGACGUAUGCAUGCAUCUUUACGAGAAGGAGCUGUUGACAGAAAGUUCAUAUCUUUAUGUAUACGGGUUACAGGGUUCUGGUUUCGAUGCUCAACAGCUUGCUGUUGCUGCAGGUCUCUUUGAGUGGCGAGAUGUUGUGGCUCGUGCAGAGGAUGAAAGUACUGGUUACAUAUUGCCAAACAAAACGCUACUGGAAAUCGCCAAACAGAUGCCUGUCACUGUUAACAAAUUACGUAGACUACUGAAAUCAAAGCAUCCAUAUAUUGAGCGGAAUCUUGCUUCAAUUGUUACCAUCAUUAGGCAUUCGAUGCUUAAUUCUUGUGCAUUUGAAGAGGCUGCUCAGCGUUUGAAGGAAGUCCGAGCAGAGGCGGCAUCAGAAGAAAAUGCAUCAGCUAAUGAACACCAAGAAACUAAUAUUCCCGAUACAAUCCUGAAUAUGAAGAACAGUGCUGUUGAUAAUACUCCCAGUGAUCGAGUUUGUUCGCCUUCUUCUCAGUCUAAAGUUGCACCCUUGGAAUGUGGAUACCGACCCUUCGUACCUGGUAAAUGUGUGAAGGUAGAUCAUUCUCUGCAUCCAGUUCUAAAUGGGAGUAGACAUAUCUCUCAAGUGGGCCCAACAACAUCGGAGCCGAGCAAACACUCAAAUGGCGAUAAAUAUCCAGUAGCACAUGUUACUGGAGUGAACAUUUCGUUGCAAAAGAAGACUAACCGAGGAGGUCUUGGAUCACUGUUGGGAAACUCGGCCCCAAAGAGAAAAUUAGAUACUGAUAAAAAGGAUAAGGAAGAAAGCAAGUUGGAUAAAAUCAGAUCUUCUGUGACCCUACCCUUUCAUUCUUUCUUGGGAACAAGUGAGCAGUUGAAGUCAGUUGCAGAACCAACCACUGUGACUGCAUUAAAAACUCAAAAUUCCGAACUACCUGCUGCUGAGUCAGCCAAAAGCACGAAUGUAGAGCCUCCUGCAGUGCCAGUUCCAAAACCCUUCCCGACAGAUGAGAUUAUCAUGUUGGAAGAUGAUUCAGAUGACAAUGUUGAAGACGAAGACGGAGAUGAAGAUGAAGAAUUGCGUGCUGUUGAUGAAGCCACCGAUGAGCCAAAGUUGAAGGGUUUAAGUGCUAGUUCACCUCUUGAAAUUGACGAUGACGACGAACCAAUGUCUUUGUCUGAAUUGUCUUCUAGCUUUCAAAAAUGUUUGAAUUCGAAUGAACAAGCUAUGAACCUUGGGGAAACUGAUAAUCCAGGAAACCAAAGUGACUUUUUGCAAAUCAAACCGUUCGACUAUGAAGCAGCAAGGAAAGAAGUGGUAUUCGGAGAAGAUUUGGAGGAAGACUCGGAGCCUGAGAACGACAAAGAUCCAAAGGCAUCAAAGAAUGCUGGGGCAAAGUUAGAUUUAGGUCUAGAUAGAGUUCAAAAGAACAGCAGCACUGUGGAAUUACCACAAGGCAAACGACGCCAUGCCUUCCCUGCAACUGGAAACCGAAGUGCAACUUUCCGCUAAGUCAAUGUAAGUGAUUUUUCCUCUGUAAAAUACAGACAUUACUAGUAUGGUAUUACCAGUCAAAAGAUUUCAGGUAUUAAAAUGGAAAAAGAAGAAAAAAGAAAGUAUUAACAAGUUGUUUUAAAA